AGAAAUGAAAAUAAAUGAUGAAUAUAUACAGUCAAUGCUAUUUAUUGUACCUCUGGGCCAAUUCUUCUAAAAAUUGAGCUAAUCAUUUUUUUUUCUUUGUCAAGCUUGAACUUAUGUAAAUAAUUGAAAUAAUGUAAAGUUAUAUUUUCAUGUUUUUAUAGAUAUGACAUGACAAGAAUACAUCAUGUAACAGAAUUCAGCUAUGGAUAAUGUUGAUUGGAUAAUGCCCAUCUCAGUUACAAGUAGCAAUCAUAGUUUAAUAUUCAUGUAGCGGUGCAUCACUAUAUUGCUAUAUUAAUGUCUGUGUGCGUAUAAGUGAGAAGUGGCCAAACAAGAGUAUUGACAGCUGCCUAAAGGUUUUUUUAAUUCAUUUUAUAUAAAAACUGUAUGGAAAGACCAAAAUGUUUAUGAACUCUUCUUAUGUAAUUUACAACUGUCCUUUAUUGCAUUUUUUUUUGUUUACAGUGAAGUACCUUAUUUUCUGCUGUGUUAAGUGGGUGUCAGACUCCAAGGAGACAGACACUUUCUACAACUUCUAUUGAAGAUAUUGGAAUUUCCAAUUUUUCAUGUGUACUAUGUCAGAAAAUGCGUUUGAUUUUAUUUUUAAAUCUAACAUCGGAUGGCUUUUCCAGAAUGUUGUAAAAACUUCGGUCCUACAUAAAACAUGUUCUUACAAAAAGCAAAGAUCUUUAUUUCUUUGUUCGUUUUUCUUUAAUGAUACUCCAAACUAAUUUGUAAGAAAUAUAAAUCUGUGUUUAAUCUUAUUCCCAAAGAAGCCCAACUAUUUCAGGUAGAGAAAGAUACUGUUGCAUAGCUUAUGUUUCAACUAGGUACAAAUGUAAUAGGAGAGUGGGAAUUUUUUGUAAACUUAAGGAAUUCACAAUUCUGACAUUUCGGAAUCUGUCAUAAUUAAAAGGGUUGUCAUAAGUAAAAACAAGACCACUAGUUACAGCACUCAUUUUAUGAUAUAUUUUGAUGAUAAAAUGUCAUGCAUCACACAUUAGCUAUCACCCUGGGUUGUAAUAUUCAUCUUAAAGAAUGGUAAGAUGACAUGUUUUAAAAAUGUCCUGAUUUGUGUAUUUAUUGUUUUCCUGAAGGAGAGUACUAAUUAGAA